UUUGUGGGUCGUUGAGAAUUUAAAUAAUAAAAGCUUGGUCUUUGGUUCCUCCACAAGAACUAGGUACCGUCCCAUAUAAGAGAACAAAUUCCAUUUCAUUCCCUUUCUCACAGAGACACAACAGCUCUUCAGAACUAAGAUACAGAGAAAGAAAAAAAGGACUGAUGGAGUAUGCACUUUAAGUGAACUGUUCUUGUGAAGAAAGCAAUCAACAAUGGGUUUUAAAGCCCUGGAUUGGUAUUGUCGCCCGGUGGCCAAUGGGGUCUGGGCAAAAGCUGUGCUGAAUGCGUUUGGUGCAUACACUCCGUGCGCGGUUGAGUCUAUAGUUGUCACCGUUUCUCAGUUGGCACUUCUAGCUCUGUGCAUCUAUCGGAUAUGGAGGACCAAGAACGACUUCAAAGCCAAAAGGUUCUGUUUGAAGUCCAAACUGUACAACUAUAUGCUGGCCUUAUUGGCUGGUUACUGUACUGCCGAGCCUCUGUAUAGAUUGAUCAUGGGAAUUUCAGUGAUGAAUUUAGAUGGUCAGUUUGGCCUUGCGCCAUUUGAGGUGGUUUCUCUGAUCUUACAGUCUCUUUCUUGGUGCUCUAUGCUGGUCAUGAUUGGUGUGGAAACCAAGAUCUAUAUCUGUGAGUUUCGAUGGUUUGUAAGAUUUGGAGUAAUUUAUACUAUAGUAGGGGAUGCUGUGGUGUUCAAUCUCAUUCUUACAGUGAAGGACUUCUACAGCAGAUCUGUAUUUUAUUUGUACAUCAGUGAAGUUGUUGCUCAGGUUUUGUUUGGAAUUCUUUUGGCUGUGUAUGUUCCAAAUUUGGUUGCAUAUCCUGGUUACACUCCAAUCCAAACUGAAUCAAUUGAUGAUGCUGCAUAUGAAGAACUUCCUGGAGGAGAGCAUAUAUGUCCUGAGAGGCAGGCCAACAUAUUGUCAAGAGUAAUAUUUUCAUGGAUGAAUCCCCUUAUGAAGCUAGGCUAUCAAAGACCCCUCACGGAGAAAGAUAUUUGGAAAUUGGAUACUUGGGAACGAACUGAAACACUGAACAAUAAGUUUCUAAAAUGUUGGGCUGAGGAAAUACGAAAGCCUAAACCAUGGCUUUUAAGAGCAUUGAACUCUAGCCUUGGGGGAAGGUUUUGGUGGGGAGGCUUUUGGAAGAUUGGCAAUGAUCUUUCCCAGUUUACGGGGCCGCUUAUUUUGAAUCAGCUCUUACAGUCUAUGCAACGAGGGGAUCCAGCAUGGAUUGGUUACAUCUAUGCCUUCUCAAUAUUUCUUGGAGUGAGCGCUGGUGUGCUAUGUGAAGCUCAGUAUUUUCAAAAUGUUAUGCGUGUUGGUUACCGACUACGGUCAACAUUGGUUGCUGCUGUAUUUCGGAAAUCUUUAAGGCUUACUCAUGAAGCUCGAAAGAAGUUUCCAUCCGGAAAGAUAACCAACCUGAUGACAACUGAUGCUGAAGCACUUCAGCAAGUAACCCAGUCUCUUCACACUUUGUGGUCAGCACCAUUUCGUAUCACAAUCUGCAUGGUUCUCCUUUACCAAGAAUUGGGUGUUGCUUCACUACUUGGUGCACUCAUGUUAGUUCUUAUGUUCCCCCUACAGACUUUAGUUAUAAGCAAAAUGCAGAAAUUGUCUAAGGAGGGGUUGCAACGUACAGACAAGAGAAUUGGCCUAAUGAAUGAAAUUUUGGCUGCAAUGGACACUGUGAAAUGUUAUGCAUGGGAGAGUAGUUUUCAAUCCAAGGUACAAAGUGUCCGAACUGAAGAAUUGUACUGGUUUCGGAAAGCAUCACUACUGGGAGCGUGUAAUGGAUUUCUACUAAAUAGCGUCCCAGUUGUGGUCACUGUGAUUUCCUUUGGAUUGUUCACUUUGCUUGGGGGAAAUCUCACACCUGCAAGGGCAUUUACAUCACUGUCUCUAUUUGCUGUGCUUCGAUUUCCCCUAUUCAUGCUUCCUAAUAUAAUAACUCAGGCGGUUAAUGCUAACGUAUCCGUAAAGCGCCUGGAGGAAUUACUUUUAGCUGAAGAGCGAGUUCUUCUGCCAAAUCCUCCUCUUGAUCCAGGACUACCGGCCAUCUCAAUUAAGAAUGGAUUCUUUUCUUGGGAUUCAAAGGCAGAGAAGCCCACGUUGACAAAUAUCAAUUUGGAUAUUCCUGUUGGGAGCUUGGUCGCAGUUGUUGGCAGUACUGGUGAAGGGAAGACAUCACUUAUAUCUGCAAUGCUAGGGGAGCUUCCUUCUGUAGCAAACACGAGUGUUGUAAUGAGAGGAAUGGUUGCUUAUGUUCCACAAGUUUCAUGGAUUUUUAACGCAACCGUACGUGACAACAUUUUAUUUGGAUCGUUCUUUGAGUCUUCAAGAUAUCAGAAGGCAAUUGAUGUGACUGCAUUGCAGCAUGACCUUGAUUUAUUGCCUGGUGGUGAUCUGACUGAGAUUGGUGAAAGAGGAGUGAAUAUUAGUGGUGGACAGAAGCAAAGAGUCUCUAUGGCUAGGGCUGUCUACUCCAAUUCUGAUGUAUAUGUUUUUGAUGAUCCCUUGAGUGCCCUUGAUGCUCAUGUGGCUCGACAGGUUUUUGAUAAAUGCAUCAAGGGAGAGUUAAGAGGGAAAACCAGAGUCCUUGUUACCAAUCAGCUACAUUUUCUUUCACAAGUUGAUAGAAUCAUUCUAGUUCAUGAUGGAAUGGUGAAAGAGGAGGGAACAUUUGAGGAGCUUUCCAACAAUGGCGUGAUGUUCCAAAGGCUAAUGGAAAAUGCGGGAAAGAUGGAAGAGUAUGGGGAAGAGAAAGAAGAUGAUGAAACUGUUGAUCAGAAUGGCGAAACAAUUGAUCAUAAUGCCUCUUUGAAACCUAUUGUCAACGGGGUUGUCCAUGAUAUGUCAAAAACUGCAAGCCAUGCAAGUAAACAAAAAGAAGGAAAAUCUGUUCUUAUUAAACAAGAAGAAAGGGAAACAGGAGUUGUCAGCUUGAAGGUGUUGGCGAGGUAUAAGAAUGCGUUAGGAGGCUUGUGGGUGGUUCUCAUACUCUUUACAUGCUAUAUUUCAACUGAGGUUCUACGAGUUUCAAGUAGCACGUGGUUGAGCCAUUGGACUAAUCAAGGCAUAACAGGGAAAUAUGACCCUGGUUUCUACAAUCUGAUAUACGCACUUCUAUCUUUUGGUCAGGUUAUGGUGACACUGGCAAACUCUUAUUGGUUGAUUCUUUCUAGUCUUUAUGCUGCGAGGAGGUUGCAUGAUGCCAUGCUUGGGUCCAUAUUAAGAGCUCCUAUGGUCUUUUUCCAGACCAAUCCCCUUGGCAGGAUCAUUAACAGAUUUGCAAAGGAUCUUGGAGAUAUUGAUCGGGGUGUGGCUCUAUUUGUAAACAUGUUUCUUGGUCAAGUUUCUCAGCUCUUUUCUACUUUCAUCUUAAUAGGGAUCGUGAGCACUAUGUCCUUGUGGGCCAUUCUGCCUCUUUUGGUUUUGUUUUAUGCAGCCUAUCUAUACUAUCAGAGCAUGGCCCGUGAGGUGAAGCGCUUGGACUCCAUCAGCAGAUCCCCUGUUUAUGCCCAAUUUGGAGAAGCAUUGAAUGGUCUAUCAUCGAUUCGUGCAUAUAAGGCUUAUGAUCGGAUGGCAGAGAUUAAUGGAAAGUCUGUGGACAACAGUAUCAGAUUCACGCUGGUGAAUAUAAGUGCAAAUCGUUGGCUUGCAAUCCGUUUGGAAGCAUUGGGAGGUAUCAUGAUAUGGUUUACAGCUACCUUUGCUGUUAUGCAGAAUGGAAGGGCAGAGAACCAGCAGGAGUUUGCAUCCACUAUGGGUCUCCUUCUUAGUUAUGCUCUUAAUAUUACAAGUCUAAUGACUGGUGUACUGAGACUUGCAAGUCUGGCUGAGAAUAGCUUAAAUGCUGUUGAGCGGGUUGGCACAUAUAUAGAGUUGCCUUCAGAAGCUCCUGCUGUAAUUGAGAGCAACCGCCCCCCUCCAGGAUGGCCUUCAUCUGGAUCCAUUAAAUUUGAAGAUGUUGUUCUGCGUUAUAGACCUGAACUUCCUCCAGUUUUGCAUGAGUUGUCUUUCACAAUUUCUCCAACCGACAAGGUCGGAAUAGUUGGAAGGACUGGGGCAGGGAAGUCCAGCAUGCUAAAUGCUUUAUUUCGAAUUGUUGAAUUGGAGAGAGGAAGAAUUUUGAUUGAUGGUUGUGAUAUUGGUAAGUUUGGACUCGAAGAUCUUCGGAAAGUUCUUGGUAUUAUUCCACAGGCACCCGUUCUUUUUUCAGGAACUGUGAGAUUUAAUCUCGAUCCAUUUCAAGAACAUAAUGAUGCUGACCUAUGGGAGGCUUUAGAGAGGGCACAUUUGAAGGAUGCCAUCAGGAGGAAUUCUUUGGGUUUAGAUGCCGAGGUCUCGGAGUCAGGAGAGAAUUUCAGUGUUGGACAGCGGCAACUAUUGAGUCUUGCUCGAGCACUCUUGCGAAGAUCAAAAAUACUUGUUCUUGACGAAGCAACUGCAGCUGUUGAUGUCAGAACUGAUGCUCUUAUUCAGAAAACUAUUCGUGAAGAAUUUAGAUCAUGUACGAUGCUCAUUAUUGCUCAUCGUCUAAAUACCAUUAUUGACUGUGACCGAAUCCUUCUGCUUGAUAAUGGCCGGGUUCGAGAAUAUGAUACUCCAGAGCACCUGCUGUCAAAUGAAAGAAGCGCUUUCUCUAAAAUGGUGCAGAGCACAGGCGCAGCAAAUGCCCAAUAUUUACGAAGCUUGGUCCUUGGGGAGGGAGGAGAAAACAGAAGAGAGGACAACAGCCAACUAGAUGGACAGAGGAGAUGGCUGGCCUCUUCUCGCUGGGCUGCAGCUGCCCAGUUUGCCGUUGCUGUUAGCCUUACUUCAUCCCAGAAUGACCUUCAAAGAUUGGAGUUUGAAGACCAGGACAGUAUCCUCUAUAAGACGAAGGAUGCGGUGAUAACUCUCCGGGGAGUCUUGGAAGGGAAGCAUGACAAACUUAUUGAAGAGUCACUUGAUCAAUACCAGAUCUCUAGAGAUGGGUGGUGGUCAUCUCUCUACCGAAUGGUUGAAGGUCUUGCUGUAAUGAGCAGGCUGUCGAGGAGUAGGCUUCACCAGUCAGAAAUUGGUUUCGAAGACAGAUCGAUCAACUGGGACCAUGCUGACAUGUAGUAAAAUGGUCAUUGUGGUAUAGUGAUGAAGUUUUAAACAGCUUCUGAUAACUUACCAUUUACACCAAUCUUCAAAUGUUGUCUAAUUUUUUGUAAUUUAGAUUCGACAAAUUUUCUUAGUGGCUUUAUAUGAUGAGGGUGAUAGACACAGGACACUCUAAGGUGUCCACUUUUGUAAAUGCCUAAUUGGUGCUAGAUUCUGGGAAUAAAUGGGCCCCUUGCAAAACUUAAAGGUUGACCUUGUGAUUCCAGAUCACCGUAUCCUAUUUUGUGAUCUUAUAUGAUGAAAAACCUUAGACAAAUUGUGCAGA